CGGUUGGGCAUGACCACGAUAUCUAUAUGUACCCAACGAUCCUCAACGCGCAUGAUAGUUCAUGACGACCUAACAGCUCACCAACAUACUCCGUAUCGCCAAAAUCAACCGCAUAAAAGCCAAUCGUACUAUCCAGCAAUUGCCCUGCAACCUGUGGGGAGCUCCUAUUCAAUUGGUCCAGGUCUAGCCUCGAGAUGAAUUUCCAAUUCGGAGAAGGGAUCCAUGGCCUGAAUAUUGGACAGCAACCCAUGCUGUUUCCCCUCGUCGUUCUAUUCCGAAAGAUGCGAGGCCUCGCCGAGAGCCAUCUCUCACACAUUAAAGGAUUGGUUUGUGGCUCAAUGUUUGGAUCAUCGGCCGCCUUGCCGUUCCUCUAUCCUCUCAAAUUGAGAGGCCUCUGCUUGCUCGAUUUUGGUUUCUUCGUCGCCUCCGCCAUCCUGUUUGCAGUGCUGAACGGACCAGAGAUUGCCGUUCAUGGCCACUAUACGCUCAUCGGAUCCAUCGCCGUCGUCACCCUAAUCCUACUAUCCCAACGAAGCUCACUUGAGGAAUUUGCACCUUAUAUUCCAGUGAACUAGGCACAUGGCAUUGCGUACUGACCCGUCACCGCACUUUCGGAACUCGACACGGUAUUGCAACGGCGUAUCCGAAGAGCAGCCGCAGAGAAGGGCGCACAAACGAGUCACCAAGGUGUUAUGUGGGGUCGGUGGCAGAGGGUA